AUGCCUAAAACCAGAUCGCCGCAGACCGCCAACGGAUCUACAUUGGACGAACCGACUCUCCUCGAAGACGAGAAAAUAAAGAUCGCAGCGGCUGUUGCGGAGAGCCUUCCAGCCGCCGCGUCGGCGGGUCUUUCAGAAACGGCGCUGGAGCGGAAGAGGCGGCGACAAAGCGAGCGAUCCACGUACCAGCUGGCCGCGAUAGCGUCAAGUGUGGGAGUCACGUUCCUCGCUGUCGGCGCCGUCUGGUACCGCUUCGUCUUCCAGACGCAGGGCGCGACGGUCCCCAUAGAGGAGGUGGUGGGCACGGUGGCGCUCGUGAUUGGCGCGGCCGUGGGGAUGGAGUUCUGGGCGCGAUGGGCGCACGACGCGCUGUGGCACGGAUCCCUGUGGAGCAUGCACAAGUCGCACCACGAGCCGCGGGAGGGCGCGUUCGAGCUGAACGACGUGUUCGCGAUCAUCAACGCCGUGCCCGCCAUCGCGCUCAUCGCCUACGGCUUCUUCAACCCGGGGCUCGUCCCCGGCCUCUGCUUCGGCGCCGGCCUGGGCAUCACGGUGUUCGGAAUGGCCUACAUGUUCGUGCACGACGGGCUGGUGCACCGGAGAUUCCCAGUGGGCCCCAUUGCUGACGUCCCGUACCUCAAGCGAGUCGCUGCCGCCCACCAGCUGCACCACGCGGACAAGUUCAAGGGGGUGCCGUUUGGGCUGUUCCUGGGGCCGGGCGAGCUGGAGAGAGUGGGUGGAUUGGCAGAUCUAGAGGAGCUGCUGGCGGCGCGGCAAGGGGGCGAGGGGAAGAAGCAGUGA